UGCCGAGGACGCGCAGUUUUGUAAUGAAGCAACAGGCAGGAGCGCAUUAGAGGAAGCUGAAAUGUAACGCAGCUCAAACACAGUCCAUGUCGCUCCAAAAUAGAUGGAAAAAAAAAAAAAAAAAGAUAGAAAAGGCGCAUCUGGGACUUUUUGUGUUUUGUCAGAAUAACCCGCACAAGCGCGCGCACAACGGACGCAGCCGCGGUGGAUGCCUUUACGCACGACAGUAGCAGCUGAGUAAAUGCUCUGAGAAGAGGUUGAUGCAAGAGGAAAGAGGGCGGUCAAAGUGUGACGGCAAACACUGCGCCCGGCUCUGGCAGCGGCGCGCUCAUUUCCCCACAACAGCGUGUUUUACGCUCAGUCUCACACGUGCGGUCGGUUUGGUCCAGGGCGCAGCUUUAUCCCCGUGGAACCGGACACACGCAUGCUUGUACGGACCUCCGCGCACUUGAUGCCCGCUUUGGUGAUGCCAUGCCCCGGAACCACAGCGGAGACGAAGGCAGCGCCGGGCUCUGGAUGAGGACUUCUCCGGGGCACCGAACCGAAGGCUACGGCUUGAAGGAUGUGGAGUCCGGCCGAAGGAUGAAGAUGAAGAACAGCGCAGGGGGAGACGGUUUGUUGUCAGCUUCCUCGACCGUCACAGGUGCCCCCGGGUCCGAGAGCUUGAGGGGGAAGCAGGGGGCCCGGCUCAGCCUGCUGGGGAAGCCGCUCAUAUACAGUGCGCAAAGCGGCCGGAGGAACGUGCGCUACCGGCGGCUCCAGAACUACCUGUACAACGUCCUGGAGAGACCCAGAGCCUGGGCCUUCAUCUACCAUGCGUUUGUGUUCAUCCUGGUCUUCAGCUGCCUUGUCCUGUCUGUGUUCUCCACCAUCCCAGCUCACCAGGACUUCUCCUCCUACUGUCUACUCAUUCUGGAGUUUGUGAUGAUCGUGGUGUUUGGGCUGGAGUACAUCAUUCGGAUCUGGUCGGCAGGAUGCUGCUGUCGCUACCGAGGAUGGCAGGGUCGUCUCCGAUUCGCCAGGAAGCCAUUUUGCGUCAUAGACAUCAUUGUGCUCAUAGCAUCGGUGGCGGUGGUGUCAGCAGGAAGCCAGGGCAACAUCUUCGCCACGUCGGUCCUGCGGAGUCUGCGUUUCCUGCAGAUCCUGCGCAUGGUGAGGAUGGACCGAAGAGGAGGCACCUGGAAGCUGCUGGGGUCUGUGGUCUAUGCCCACAGCAAGGAGCUGGUAACUGCCUGGUACAUCGGCUUCUUGGUCCUCAUCUUCUCUUCGUUUCUGGUCUACCUUGUGGAGAACAAGUCUAACAAGGAGUUUGCUACCUACGCUGAUGCCUUGUGGUGGGGCACGAUCACCUUGACCACCAUCGGCUAUGGAGACAAGACACCAAAGACGUGGACAGGUCGGAUGCUGUCUGCAGGUUUCGCCCUCCUGGGGAUCUCCUUCUUCGCCUUGCCAGCAGGGAUUCUGGGCUCAGGUUUUGCCCUUAAAGUCCAGGAGCAGCACAGACAGAAGCACUUUGAGAAAAGGAGAAACCCCGCCGCCUACCUCAUUCAGUGUGUUUGGCGUAGUUAUGCGGCUGAUGAGAACUCGGUUUCCAUUGCUACCUGGAAGCCUCACUUGAAGGCGUUGCAUACCUGCAGCCCUACAAAGAAGGAGCAAGGAGAGUCAACCACAAGCCAAAAGUUGAGCUUCAAGGAGCGUGUGAGGAUGGCCAGCCCUCGAGGUCAGAGCAUCAAGAACCGGCAGACAUCUUCAGUGAACGACCGCCGUUCUCCGGUCGCUGAGGCGGGAACGGAGGGCACUAGUCCCGCCAAGGUACAGAAGAGCUGGAGUUUCAACGACCGCACACGCUUCAGACCUUCACUCCGCCUUAAGAGCCAAUCCCGCUCCACCACGGACGCUGACUCCAAUGUGACUGGUGAGGAUGGCUUCGAUGAAAAGGGGUGCCACUGUGAGAUCUCUGUGGAGGAUCUGCUGCCGUCAGUCAAGUCGGUCAUUAGAGCUGUGAGGAUAAUGAAGUUUCAUGUAGCCAAGAAGAAAUUCAAGGAGACACUGCGUCCGUAUGAUGUGAAGGAUGUGAUCGAGCAGUACUCUGCAGGACACUUGGACAUGCUGUGUCGCAUUAAGAGCCUACAGACCAGGCUGGACAUGAUAGUCGGCCCUCAGCCCCUGAGCAGCCGAGCCAAGACCUUUUCUUCCCCCUCCCUGCCUGUCUAUUACAGCAGAAAGAACUCCACCACCCAGGGAGUAGACCAAAUCCUCGGGAAGGGCCAGAUCCCUCUGGAUAAGAAAAUCCGAGAGAAGCUUUUGUCUGAAGGCGACAUACUGGAGGACAUGAGCAUGUUGGGCCGGGUCUGUAAGGUGGAGCGGCAGGUCCAGUCAAUCGAGUCAAAGCUGGACUCGUUGCUCGACAUCUAUCGUCAGGUUUUGCGUAAAGGCUCGUCUUCAGCGCUCACGCUCUCCUCUCUGCCCCUCUUCGAGCUGGAGCAGACCUCCGACUACCACUCGUCUGUUUUCAGUAAGGACCUGUCCUGCUCCACCCAGGUCAGCAGCAGCGGUGGAACAGCUCCCCCUGGUGGCUGCGUCACACGCUCCUCCACCAACUCCCACCUCUCCCAGGGAGGACUUCACCUCAUCCUGGCCCCAUCCAGUGAGCUUAGCCUCAAUCUUAACGCCUCCUCCUCCACCCCUCCUUCCGGCCUCCCUUCCUCCUGUUUUAGUCCGUCACCACUGCCGCAUCAUCACCACCACCACCAACAUCAUCCUCAUUACCCCCACCAUCACAAGCAGGGUCAGCCCACCACACCUGAAAGUGGUAAUGAUGAAGCUAUGGGGAGCUCUCCACCCAUCCUCACCCCAAAUAGUGUCACAAGUAGUGUGAGCGGAGGAGUAGGAGACGGAGGCUUUCCUCUUCUGGCGAGGCUUCCACCCCCGCCCCCUCCCAGCCGGAGCGGGGGUCCAGGCAAGUUAGUACGAGCGACAUCCACAGAAGUGUCCCCUGAUAUGGACGACUUCUGUGGAGGUCUGGGGACACACAUGGAGGACAGCGGUGUCAGGGAGGACCUUGGCCUUGGUUUGGGGCUGAGUGGACUUGGGCUGCAGCUACCAGGAAGCACAAAUAACAACAAGCUCAGUGCCAAGGAGGAGGGGUCCUGGAGGAGACAUAUGAGCCUGGAGUUGGAGCCUCUGGUGCCGUCCGCCCUCGGGUGCUGCUCCGGCGCCAUCGCGUUAGACCAGGGCUUGGGAAAGUCCAUGUCAGUGCAGGACCUGAUUCAGGCCGGCCCCCAAACAGCCCAGGACACCCCCCACCACCACAGCCUCUGCCUCUCAUCUCCCACCGCCAGCACAAGCAGCGAUUCUCCCAUUGGCUUCCACAGCUGCAGCCAAGACUCAGGGGGUGGAGGUGGAGGGGGAGGGGGUGGUACCGACAGGAGUGGUGGGUUAGGAUGGGGUGAUGACGACCUCUUUAUCAGCGAUAGGGACAUUGAAGCACAGGGGUUUGACUUCCUGUCACAGGGGACCGCUGAGGCCCAUAAGUACUCCUCAGAGCUCCUGAGAACGGGGGGCCGAGCCGGGGAGGGGUCUCACGGCUCAAACCAGAGCCUGGCCAGCGGUCAUGCAUCCUCACCUUCUACUGGCAGCACUGAAUUGCUGAAUAUGCCACAUGUACGUCUAAAAUAAACCAGAUGGUAUCUACA